AUGGCGAGUAUCGCUUAUCUCGAACUCUCUCGUCAGCAAUCUUUGCUGAUAAUGUAUCAGAAAGGAGACGAGCCUCCGCGUUUGCAAUACUUACCGGAAUUACAUCAUGCGCAUUCCCUCGGUGCUCCUAUUGUUAUAAGCGAGACAUUGAGUUCCUCUUUACUUGAAGAUUGUCCUGGACAUAGAAAUAGAAUAUUUAGAGCAAUUCAUUCGGUGCGUGAAAUGGCCUCUCUAUUGAGAAGUAGCGUUCCAUUUUUUCAAAUUGCGAUGGUAUUAUUCUGCAGUAGUCUUGCUGAGGCUGGUCUACAUGCUUCAUCUAUGUACUAUUUAAAGGCCAAGUUUCACUUUAACAAAGACCAGUUUGCAGACUUGAUGAUCAUAUCAGGCGCAACGGGAUCUAUUUCACAGUUGCUUUUUAUGCCCAUUCUAGUUCCUGCUUUAAAAGAGGAGAGACUGCUCUCAAUUGGUCUUUUCUUUGGUGGCGCCCAUAUGUUCUUGAUAUGUGUGGCAUGGUCCUCAUGGGUUCCAUAUAUGGCAGCCAUAUUUUCACUUUUCUCAGUAUUUCCACAUUCAUGUAUGCGAAGCAUUGUCUCCAAACAAGUAGCAUCAUAUGAACAGGGGAAAGCCCAAGGGAUUAUUUCAAGCAUAGAUUCCCUUGCAAAUGUCAUUUCCCCGCUUGCAUUUUCACCUCUAACAGAUUGGUUUCUAUCUGAAAGGGCUCCAUUUAAUUUCCUAGGGUUCAGUAUAAUGUGUGCGGGGUUUAUGAUGGUAAUAUACUUUAUCUUUGUGCAUUUUCUAAAAAUACAAGGAAAAGUUUUUUCGAUGGUAAUAUACUUUACUUAA